AUGGGUUUCCUCGGCGUCUACUCGGCUGUGUUUGAUUACCAGCCUCAGGGAGAAGGCGAGUUGGAAAUUCGCGAGGGCGAUCUGCUCUACGUCUUGGAAAAGAGUGCCGAAGACGACUGGUGGAAGGCCAAGAAGAAGGCAGACCCCGAGGAUGACGACGAGCCGGAAGGUCUAGUCCCAAACAACUACGUUGAAGAGGUGAGCAUCCCCAGAGCAUGCGUGACCGGCAAGCAGAAUACACCCACUGGUGCCUGUCAGGACUCUUGUGCAAGGCAAUCGGCGCAACCCACAUACAAUGCUAAAGCUCUCUACGACUAUACGCGGCAAACGGACGAAGAGGUUUCCUUUUCCGAAGAUGCCGAACUAUUGGUCUACGACACAUCAGAUCCAGACUGGACUUUGGUAGGGGUCAACACGGAGUUUGGAUUUGCGCCCUCAAAUUACAUCGAGCUCAUUGAGGAGAUUGCAUCCCGCGGCGGUGCUGCAGCCGCAGCUCCCCCUCCUCCGCCCGCCGAACCAAAGGCGCCUUCUCUUCCGCAGCGACCAACCGCUCCCCCGGAGGAGGAAUAUGACGCGUCGCCUGCGCCGUCUCCUGUGCACAACCCCGCGGCCGCCGCGAUUGCGGACAUUAUUCAUAAGCAACAUGCGCCUGCUGCCACCUAUUCGGAACCCGCGCGCGAGGAAUCCCCGCCUCCUCAGCUUCCUACUCGACCUUCGCAUGACCAGGAUCGUGAAGCACCCCGCCGAACCUCCCGCAGCGUCCGCCAUCAGAACAACUACAGUUUUCCACGCCAAUGGAACUUUACUCGCCCGAGCCCGAACCGUCUCGCCCGCCCCGCCCUCAGGUGGCAUCUCCCUCAAUGCGAGACAUGCGAGACAAUACCCACGUCAAGGAAUCCCCCCCUUACAACCGAGCGGGUGAACUGA